AAAAUUUGCGAAUUUCUCACAUUUUUUAUAAUAAUUUCUUAUAAUGGAUGAAAUUGAAUAUAAAUUGAAAACAAACAACAGUGUUCUGAUUGUAAAUGCUAUAGAUAAGUUGAUCUUGACCAUAAAAUCAAAGUACGUUCCCACUGAAAGACAAAAAUUCGUAUUAGAGAACGAGGAAUUGAAAUAUUUGAGAGAAAAAUGUUCGUCGAAAGAUUUCUUGGUCAGCCUAACAGCUUGCCAAGGCCUGUUAGCUCUGGUGGAGCUCGGAGUGCUAGAGAUAGCUCACACCAUGUCGACUGUGGUGACCUUAUUACCAGCUACACAGAACUACACAGCAAUUAUAUCCACCAUGGCUGGGCUACUAGUAUUUGAUCUAAAAUCUAGAUUGAUACCCGGAGAGCCAUACAAGUGUCAGUUUACAUUGAGGUCCCCGCAGCAUCCCUUCAUUACAGUCCUGGAGAAAACUAAAGAUGUUGAAGAGGAUAUUCUUGUUCAGAUGCAAGCUCUGUGCACACACCCUGAAUAUACUGUGUCAUCAAAUAGCUUAGAACUGUUACGUCCAGUGUUCCUGUGGUUGACAUACAACCCGCAGCGCAGUAACCGAGGUGUCCGGCCUUGGCAGUUGCUGCUGAGUCUACCUCAGACUCCAGCACAGUCGUCACUGCUGCUAGCUUGCCUUAGUUGUCAACAGAUAUACAAUCCAAAGUUAAUAGAAUGCACCUUUGCUGCUUACUUGGCUGUGGUGGACUCUGCCAUAUACCAACAGAGAAGGGAUUUCGUUGUGGCCUUCCUACCACAACUGGCAAGAUUGUGUGGCGCGUUAGUUAGUAAUGGACGUGACCCACGAGGCUGCUAUAAUCUGAUCGAGCGAUGUUUCUCGAUCGAGGCGCCGGAGUUAAAGAAUGUUUCCGGCUACACCAUCAUGCUGCUAGCUGAAAACCUCUCCCAAACAUCCGCACUAUACUUACACGAGUUAUUCAAUCUAUGUCUAAAUAUAAUAAGUAAAUACGAAUAUUCGGCUGUAUGUCUCAACGCUUUCGCUGGUUUAUCUCUACAGUGGCUCCAUCUACCGUCAUUCCUCACCAACAACGCACUGAAAGCAGCAUCAAAGAUUCUCGACAUUUAUCAAGCUGAGAAAGAAAAUCAUAACCUAUACAUGGCAAAUCUGAAAGCGAACAGAGUUUUCCAAACUUUAGCCCACGUCGACGGGCAUUUGUACUUCUAUUUCAAAGUUUUGGAAACGUGGGAACGUAUAAGAGAUAACCCGACGAAAUUGAGUAGCUGGUUCGACGAUUUGACGAAUUCUAACGUCGAAUUAAAAUUAAAAUUGCUCCCGUUUUUCGUUGGUGUUGUUCUCGAUAGGCAAUGCAAUUUGGAUCUCGUGGCUAAGGCGUUAAGGACGAUAAUCGAUUUGGCGAAGGACAAGAAGGAGGUUUCCGUGGCUGUCCUACCGAUUUUAGUGUUCACUAUCGCGAAUGAUACGAGACCGGAAGUGAAGUUGGAGUGUUUGAAGGGACUUCCGUUAAUGGCGUCUAGAAAGGAAAAUGUCCCAGUAAUAGUGUCGAUACUGAACAAGCUGAAGGCGAACCGAGGCGUGCCGAUGUCCCUGCUUGUGAUGCUCUACACUAGCCUAGCUGAGACGCAGGUGCGAUGUUUCCCAUACCUACAAGAGCUGUUACUAGACACUAGUACUGCCACCAAUGACCUUAAAUGGGAAGUGGACAUCGCUAAAGCAAUCGCUGUCAAGAGGAUCUGUGAAUUGAGGCCAUCCAGCCACGGUCUAGAGCUGGUUCCGAUGAUAUCGGGCAUACUCAACAAGUGUACAGAUAAAUCCGGGGCCAUACCCGCUGCGUUAGCGUUGGACGCGCUCCGGGCGUUGUGGGCGGCGGGGGCGGUGGCUCCAGCCGGCGCCUGGAGAGCCCUGCAGCCGAGGUUGGCGAGGGAGAAGCGCCCGCAGGUGUUACUGAGCCUGUGCAACCUACUCUCAGCCAUACCAGACCUCCGCUCCGAGGCGCCGGACUACUGCGCGGCGCUGCGUGACGCGGCGCGGCGGCUCUGGCUGCUGCUGGCCGAGGGAGACGUCGCGAUAGUGCGCGCGGCGGCGGAGGCCCUAGCUAACUAUAGAAUAGAGGAUUAUACGCUGAAGGAUGUUCCAGAGAUAUACAGACGGACGGUGAAGCUGCCGGCGUCAUACUGCAAGACGCCCGCCGACGCCGCGCGCAACCCCGAAGACGUUCUCGACUAUAUACCGUGUGAAAUCUGGCCAGAAGUCUUCAAAUAUACCAACCAGGAUGCACUAUCCGGUGUGCAGCAGUUAGUCAGUAGACUGAUGGAGAGAGAGAUCAAGGCGUAUCGCUCCGGGGUAUACCAGGUGCAGGGGAUCCAGACCCUGACCCAUCUGCCCCCGCAUAGCGUGGUCCGGGGGAUGCUGGAGUGCUUCCGGAAGCAGGUGACCUCUCCAUCUUACGACUACUCGGAUACAGUUUUACUCGCUAUCAUGGAGACGUUGGCCUCGGAGUUCCCUAAACCACUGCCACCCAUAGAGAUGAGUUUCCUACACGAGUUGUAUCAUAGAGGUGCGCAAUGGAAGAGUGGGUGUAUUCGUCUGGCGGCGUGGCAGGCGUCGACGUCGCCGUCAGCCAAGCGGCUGCUAGAGAACUUCCUAGAAGGAGUAGUACCAGGAAUUAAUGAGGAAAGCGAUGUGAUGUUAAUAUUUGACAACCUACCAAUACUCUGUCGGACGAUGCCGCCCAACUCCCUUCGAGGGCCGAUAGAGAAGUGUCUGGCGGAGUCCUACGCCUCUCUCCCGAGGUCAAAGGUCAAAGAUCAAGAGGAACAACUCUUCGCAAAGCAGCUGAACAGAAUCAAGGUGUGCUUGGAGAACGACAAGAUACACGAAGCGAACAGGACGCUGUUGUGUCAGAUCGUCGAGGAAUACUUUCAGCUGAUAGAAGACGAUAGCGUGGCGUGGCCAGCGUACCUGGAUACGUGCACAGCGCUGAUGACACGGAACUGCGAGCGCAUGUCGUCGGCGAGCGGGUGGUGGGAGGUGAGCGGCGCGCUACUGCGGCGCGCGGGCGCGGUGCGGGCGCGUCUAGCUGUCGCCGCGCUCGCCUGGCUCAACGACGCCGUCGACGCGCACGCCGCGCACCGCCUCGAGCAAGAGUAUUCCCUGCAGUACAUAGUACCGGCGCUGAAGGCGGCCAACACGCGGGACAAGGCGACGAGAGAGUGGUUCGCGCAGCUCAUGGCGAGGACACAGGUCGCUUUUAACGAAAUCGACGACCUCCCCUCCAAGUUAUACCUAUGCGACGUGUUGUUCCUCGCCGUGAUAGUGUUCAGCGGGCUGUGGUGCAUCGAGCCGGGCGACGCGGUGGUCGGUAGCCGCCACACGCGACUGUCGCUGAUGCCAGCAGCCGCCGCGCAGCUCAUGGAGACCGAGGGCUGGGAUGAUUGUGCGCUACAGCUUCUGGAAUGGCUGUGUCACUCGCGGACGGCGCUGGACGCGGGCGCGGCGCGCGCCUGUCAGCGGGCGCUGGUCGCGCUGCGGCACACGCCACAGUUCACCGCGCACCGCGUUUGGACACGACUGAGGAAUCUGGAAGACCUAUAAAGAUGAAAACAACUACAGUUUACUCGGGGAAGAGCCACCAGAUAACAAGCUUAACUUCUAAACUAAUAUUUAAUGUCACCUUAAGCCAGCCAUAUUAUAUGAAACGAUAUAUUUGACAAAGUUUGUCUGUACCUCUAUAAUAUGUAACUGUGCAAGUAAGAUUAAGGCUGCGUUUCCACCAGAGAUGUGUUGCGAAGGAAUGUGUU